AUGGCCACAAGCUGGUCGAGCCUGGUGGAGGCCUGCCAGCCCUUGGCCGCAGUUUUUCUUCAGGACAGCCGGUGCUUUCUGUCUUUAGCCAAAUCGUGCGACCUCACAACAAGGUUGAUAUCUGGACUGCGCAGGCCCGCUCUUGGCGUGUCGUCCAGUGAUGUUGAUCGGUGCAGUGACCAACCCGACGGCGGCUCCGUGCUCAUGGAAAUUUUGGAUUCCUUAGAGACCACUGAGUCUCAGCUGGUGCCAUUCAGCAACGCCCCGUUUCUGUUCGACCUGGAGUUCCGAUUUGGCCUUCAGAAUAUGCUCAGUCAAACACUACUGGGCUCGAAAACCUUGCUCGACGACGCUCAGAUAGAUUACAUUGUCAUGUCUGUGGACCAGCUGAAGGACAUGGCCGACCCGCUGUACCGCGACGGGAUGGAGGUUCUGGAAAGCAGGGUUUUAUACGCGCGAUUGGCGGCAGAAUCGGCAAUACCCGCCUUUGGGACAGACGCUGAUACUGACUCGACUGUGGCCGCAGCCACAGAAAGCGAUACUUUUGGCGAUGACGACGCGGCAGCGAUUGUUCAGAUCAGCGAAUUGAUACCAGAUUUGGGCGCAGGCUUUGUUCGCGCGUGCCUCGACCACUAUGACCACGACCCCGAGGCCGUGGUGAAUGCGAUAUUCGAGGGUAUUUUGCCGCCGGUGUUGGACGAAAUGGACCAGACGACAGAGCACUGGCCGAGCGCCAGUGACUCGAUGCACGUCGAAAGCGCUGAGGAGCUACUGUCGCAGGCCAAUGGCGUUCUCGGCAACCGGCGAAAUAUAUUCGACAACGAUGAGUUUGACAUAUUCCGUCAUGACACGCUGGACUGGUCGCGUGUGAAUAUUGGCAAGGCCAAGAUCCCCACUUCUGCUGGUACGCCCAGCAGCGAUAUCAAGAGCCGGGUCAUGCAGAUUGCCCAGCGCAUCGAGGAUGAAGACGAGUACGACGACACAUAUGAUGACACAGCCCAGGACAGCAUACUUGAUACGCCUGACACGGACGAAUUCUUGGCGGCGCGGGGCGCAAAUAACCAGCGGGCCAGCCAUGGGCCGCCAACAAAGGAAGGCCCCAGCGCUUCUAAGCAACCGGCAGCCACAGAUCCCACUCGCCGCUGGGAGGAGGUGCUGGUGCGCCAAUUUAUUAGCGACCCUUCGGUUUUGGAGCGGAAGAAGGGCGUCCGCAAGCUGCCGGCGCGCCAGGCACUGCGCACUCAAACGGAGCUUUCGGACGAGCAGCUUGAAGGGUGGCUCACGAUGUUCCAGCGGAGUUCGCAUGCUCGCCAACUUUGGAUUUGGCGUGAGCAGCCUGCCAUUCCCAAUGCCAGGGCAAACAACGGCGGUGGAGGCGGCGAAACUCUCGAGAGCAACCAUGUCGAAGGUGCUGGCGAAGGACAAAAGCCUGCCGGGACAAACUACAGGUACAAGGACAAGAACAAGGCUAAGAUUGGCAACCACAACCGCAAGCAGCAGCAGGCACGUAAGGUGCGCAACACAUUGGGACCGUAG